UUUCAUCUUCUCUCGCGAACGAACGCAGCAGCGCAGCAGAUACAUCAAUCGUUGUGACGUGGUGAAAAUUUUCGGCCGGACAUUCCCGUCGGAUAUUUUGUGCAAUUUUCGGUCCAUAUCCGUCGUAAAUUGCGUUGAAAGCUAGCGCGGACGAUUCCUCACGGUCGCAACUGGACAGUGGACGGUAAAAUUUGACCUGGGAAAGCGGUAAAAAUGAGCUCUUUCAAGAGAGACAAAAAGGAAGAGGAGGAAGGUGGUAACAACCCCUUCUCGAAUCUGGAGAAAACUUCCGUGCUGCAGGAGACGCGGAUGUUCAACGAAACUCCGGUCAAUGCACGCAAAUGCACCCACAUCCUGACGAAGAUUCUGUAUCUGAUCAAUCAGGGCGAACAAUUGGGUUCCCGCGAAGCAACGGAAUGCUUCUUUGCCAUGACCAAGUUGUUCCAAUCCAAGGAUGUCAUCAUGCGUCGGAUGGUCUAUUUGGGUAUCAAGGAGCUGAGUCCCAUCGCCGAAGAUGUGAUUAUCGUGACCAGCUCGUUGACCAAGGAUAUGACGGGCAAGGAAGACUUGUACCGUGCUCCGGCGAUCCGGGCUUUGUGCAGUAUUACCGAUAAUACGAUGCUGCAGGCUGUGGAGCGGUACAUGAAACAGUGCAUCGUUGAUCGGAACGCUCCGGUAUCCAGUGGAGCAUUGGUCAGUGCACUGCAUUUGGCCAGCACGGCAGGAGACGUGGUGAAACGGUGGGCGAACGAAGCGCAAGAAGCAUUGAACAGUGACAACAUCAUGGUGCAGUACCAUGGAUUGGGAUUGCUGUUCCAUAUCAGGAAAGCGGAUAGACUGGCCGUGACUAAGCUGGUGAACAAGCUGACUAAACAGAAUCUGAAGAGUCCUUAUGCCGUCUGUUUCCUGAUCAGAAUUGCAUGCAAAAUUAUCGAGGAUGAAGAUGCAGCGGGUAAUUCAAGUGCCGAGUCGCCGUUGUUCGAUUUUGUAGAAUGUUGCUUGAGAAAUAAGAGCGAAAUGGUCGUCUACGAGGCAGCCCACGCUUUCGUCAACCUGAAGAGAACCAAUCCUCGGGAACUGUCCACCGCGGUCAGCAUCCUUCAGCUGUUCUGUGGAUCUUCGAAGGCUACACUGAGAUUUGCUGCCGUGAGGACAAUGAACAAGGUCGCUAUGCUUCAUCCACCGGCAGUCAACGUGUGCAAUCUUGAUUUGGAAGGCCUGAUCGCCGAUUCUAAUCGCUCGGUUGCCACCUUGGCCAUCACGACUCUGCUCAAAACCGGAGCUGAAAGUUCAGUUGAACGGCUGAUGAAACAAAUCGCCACAUUUGUGGCGGAAAUUUCCGACGAGUUUAAGGUGGUUGUGGUUCAAGCUAUCCGGGCCCUCUGUUCCAAGUUCCCUCGCAAGCAUGGUGUGAUGAUGAACUUCCUUAGUGGAAUGCUCCGGGAAGAAGGAGGCCUCGAGUACAAAACCUCCAUCGUCGAUACGAUCAUUCUGAUCCUCGAAGAAAAUCCGGAAGCUAAAGAAUCUGGCCUAUCGCACCUGUGCGAAUUUAUCGAAGACUGCGAGCACACAUCGCUGGCUGUCCGCAUCCUACAUCUGUUGGGCAAGGAAGGUCCCUACUCAAAGCUGCCCUCCCGCUACAUUCGAUUCAUCUACAACCGAGUCAUCCUGGAGAACGCCACCGUUCGGGCCGCCGCUGUCGCUGCCAUUGCCCAGUUUGGCGCUUCCUGUCCGGAUUUGCUGCCGAAUGUUCUGGUACUGCUACAUCGCUGCCAAAUGGAUUCGGACGACGAGGUUCGUGAUCGAGCCACCUACUAUUAUACCAUUUUGAACAAGAACAAUCCCGAGUUGAACAAGUCCUACAUAACGGACAAUGGAAUUGUGUCGAUACCGCUGUUGGAGAAAUCGCUAAGAGAACACCUGAAUGGCUCUCUGACGGAGAAGUUCGACAUUUCCAUUGUACCGAAAUCGCAAACCGUACAGCCGGAGGUUACUGACGAAGUGAUGAUUAUGAACAAUGCUAUCCCGAAAAUCCCUCGCAUUACUCGCGAAGAGGCCAACACCGAGAAACUGCUGCAAAUUCCCGGAAUCCACCGACUCGGUACCCUUCACAAGUCAUCUGCUCCGGUACAGCUCACAGAAAGCGAAACGGAAUAUACAGUUUCCUGUAUCAAGCACUGCUUCGACCAUCACGUUGUUUUCCAGUUCGACUGCGUCAACACCCUCUCGGAUCAGCUGCUGGAAAACGUCCGUGUCGAUUUGGUCCUGCCGGAUGGCUUUGUCACCCGAGCAGUCAUUCCGUGCACUAAGCUCCCCUACGGCGAGAAAGAAUCCACCUACGUUAUCGUUGAAUUCCCGCCGGAAUUGCCCAAUUCGAUAGCUGCAUUCGGUGCUACGCUGAGGUUCGUCGUGAAGGAUUGCGAUCCGUCUACGGGACUGCCGGAUUCGGACGAAGGCUACGACGAUGAGUACAUGCUGGAGGAUAUCGAAAUUACCGUGGCGGAUCAGAUUCAAAAGGUCAAGAUGCAGAAUUUCAACGCCGCCUGGGACAGUGCAGAUACCGAAGAAUGGGUCGAAGUAGAGGAUACCUUUGUGCUGUCGACCGUCAACAGUUUACAGGAAGCGGUGAAUACGAUUCUGAAAUUCCUUGGUCUUGCCCCUGACAACCUAUCGGCGAAGGUGGCCGACGGUGCCCACACGCAUCACCUGCUGUGUUCAGGCUUAUUCCGCGGCGGAAUCGAUGUGAUGGUUCGCGCAAAGCUGGCCGUGUCGGAUGGGGUAACGAUGCACCUUACGGUGCGAUCAACGGAUUCAGACGUAGCGGAACUGAUCACGUCCGCCGUGGGUUAGAACGCUGUGGGUGCACCCCGAAUCACAGCACUACCGCAUCUAUUGAACACACACAAACAAAAAAACAGCACUCACACAUAGACCCACACCGACAGAUACAUGAUCUUACUUAUCCUCCCCCUCCCCCAAGAAACACACAACUGUAGUAGUGCAACACUGAUGAGAGUUUGUUCUUUUAUGUUAUAAACAUUGCAAAGUAUCUAUACAUACUACUAGUGAUAGUGGUUUAUUAGUGUUAAGUUUUCUUUCGUCGGCAUUCGUUAGUGACUAUAUGUGAGAAGAGAUGGUGAGAAAAAAAUAAGAAGGAGAAUAUAAUGGAACGAGCAUCAAGCAUUCAAUAGAUUACAGACGGCACAUGUGUAAGCCAUUUGAAAAAAAAAAUACAAACAGAAAUACACCUAAAGUAUAUGAGAAUAAAGUAAACUCGGAUGGAACGAAUAUGUGAAUAACUGUAUUAAGCAUUCUGAUGAAUGAUGAGGAAAAUUUAAAUAAAUCAUUUUUUUCUUUUAAUCAGGAAAUUUAGAGGAAA